UCCCACUUCCUCUUCCACAACUACGCGUGCUCUCGUUUCUUCGUAUUCGGAUUCAUCUUCUCGUCUUUCUUAAUUUUAUCCCUUCUGUUUUUCAGUUUUUCUUCUCUCUAUAAAAGGAUAUACUUCCCCUCUUUGCCUUCUCCUCAUUUACUACUCUUCUUCUUCGCUCGUUCUCUCUCGUCGUGUUCUUCUUUUCUGGUUUUCGUUCUUCUUCGUUUCUUCGCUUCUUUUCAUUUUUUUUUUUAAAUUAUGGGUAGUGAAGCUAUUGAGAUCUUCUUUCCUUCUGAGGAAAUUUCAAAUGUUCACGAUGAUCUUAAACAGAGUGAUCACAACAAAUGCUGCUGGUUUGAAGAACAAAUCGCUGACUACCUCAAAUGGUCUUACGCUUUGAACAGUUCCCUGCAUAAAGGAAGCAGCGAAUUCCAAGACAUUGCUCUUUUGGACACAAAGCACUUUGGGAAGAUUUUGGUGAUUGAUGGAAAGAUGCAGAGUGCUGAAAUUGAUGAGUUCAUCUACCAUGAAUGCUUGAUUCAUCCACCUCUGCUAUGCCAUCCCAAUCCAAGAACCAUCUUCAUAAUGGGUGGUGGCGAAGGUUCUGCUGCAAGAGAAGCACUAAGGCACAAAAAUGUGGAGAGAGUGGUCAUGUGUGAUAUUGAUCAGGAGGUCGUCGAUUUCUGCCGUAAAUAUUUGACAGUGAACCAGAAAGCAUUUCAGGACAAGAAGCUUCAUCUUGUAAUCAACGAUGCCAAGGCCGAGUUGGAGGCACGUACCGAGAAAUUUGAUGUGAUAGUUGGGGACUUAGCCGAUCCAGUUGAAGGAGGACCUUGCUAUCAGCUCUACACUAAAUCAUUCUAUGAAAAUGUUCUGAAGCCGAAGCUCAAUGACAAUGGAAUCUUUGUUACUCAAGCAGGACCUGCAGGUGUACUUACCCACAAGGAGGUCUUCUCAUCCAUUUACAACACCCUGAAACAUGUCUUUAAGUAUGUGCUUGCAUACACAGCUCAUGUGCCAUCUUUUGCAGAUACAUGGGGAUGGGUAAUGGCCUCCGAUCAACCAUUCGUUCUUGAUGCCAAACAAAUUGAUUGUAGAAUUGAAGAAAGAAUUGAUGGCGAGCUACUCUACCUAAAUGGCACCUUCUUCAUCUCCUCUACUACCUUGAAUAAGUGUGUUCACCUAUCGUUGAAGAAUGAAACUCACAUCUACACGGAAGAAGAUGCAAGGUUCAUCCAUGGCCAUGGGAAGGCUUGCCGUGCUUGAGGUCCUUAGUUUCAGAAAGGGGGACGAAGGGGGAGCGGGGGGGGGGGGGAAUCCCUGUAUAGAAGAGUGGAUGGUCUGGGACAGAGGAAUCAGAAUACGGUCCAAGUAAAUACAAAGAAACCAGUUAAUUGUUCAAGAAAACUUGGAACUUUCGGAAAUACUAGUGGUUCUUUACCAAAUCCUAGUUUCAUGUGGUUGUUGUAGCCUUGCAGUUCUUAAAAUAAAAAUGAUCAAUAAAGGGAAAAUUUUUAAAA